CCUUUUUAUCAGUCGACCGAAAAGAUCCGAGGGGAUCCUUCCGCGGCAGCGCCCCGCGCAUUACUUCUAACCAACCCUCGUGUUGGAUACGCGUUUAUACCUUCUGUGCACACACGUUUUCUUGUUUUCUUUCAAGUACUACAUACGUAGCAAACGAUUUUCCUCAUUCAUGUUUUUAGUUGCUCGCAUAUACAUAUAGGGUACGUCGUUACCUUUAAGAGCGUUCAAAUAAAAGCGCGGGAAACAAUCGGUGAUUUGAUUUUUUCGUUUUCUAUUAAAACAAAAUCGUAUCGAUAGAGAUAGUGUGCGACGCGUAAUAAGAGCAACGAUAAUGAAGUCGUUUCGACAUUAUUGCGAUGGUGUAGAAUACGCGUGUCGGGGUAAACGUGUCAAGGUGCCGUCAGCGUAGCGCAACGAUUCCGGUGACGACACGCAACCAACACACGUUGAUUCAACGAGGAAAUCAGACGAAGGUGCGUUUAUUUCCAUGGCAACGUGACGACGCACGGAUUCUUACCACGGAUACGCAACAAGGCUCGAGAAACGAAGCGGAAGCUGAAGCAGCGACAAACUACUACCAGGAUACGCAAAUGUGAUCACGAGAAGGAAGGAUAUGAUAAACUGUGGCCGAUGAAGAAGAGAGCAGCACGAACACGAGUACGAGCAGGAGCACGAGUAAGAGCAAGCGGCUUCGUCGAGGAAGACGAGAAGAAACGACGACGAGGCGGCGGCGGCGGCAGGAAUACCGAUAAAAAGAUCAACACUAGAUCUGAUGUUAGCGGACAUUAACGGUAACUUGGCGGAUCUGAGAAGCGAAGCGAUGGCGUCGCAGAGGUUUUGUCUGCGCUGGAACAAUCAUCAAAGUAAUCUACUCUCUGUUUUCGACCAACUGCUCCAUGACGAGUCGUUCGUCGACGUUACGCUGGCUGUCGAGGGUCAGCUACUCAGGGCACAUAAAAUGGUGCUGUCGGCGUGUAGCCCUUACUUUCAGGCCCUUUUCGUCGGCCACCCCGACAAGCACCCGAUAGUCAUUCUGAAAGAUGUCCCAUACGUGGACAUGCGAAGCCUUUUGGAUUUCAUGUAUCGCGGCGAGGUGAGCGUGGACCAGGACAGGUUAACGGCCUUCUUGAGAGUCGCCGAGUCUCUCAGGAUAAAGGGUUUGACGGAGGUAAACGAGGACAAGUGUGACUUGCCUAGUAUUACCUCAUCGUUGCUUGGCAAUCAAAACACAGUACCUCCACCGCCACCGAAUCUACAUAGAAUAAACCAAAUCGGCCCUCACCACCACGUAUCGCAGAAGAGGAUGCACCAUAUGUCGAGCCAUCCUCUCCUCGGUUCGGCCUUAUCCGCGCCAAAGAGGAAAAGGGGUAGACCGAGGAAGUUGAGCGGUUCAUCCGACACACCGAUCGGCGAGAUAUCCGGACAGGAGUUGCAGUCUUGCUCGGGAGCCGAUCUGGUACAAGGCUCGCCGGAGAUGAUGGAAAUGAAGAUGAGUAUCGACUUUCAGAGCGAAGGUAGCGGGAAUGGUGGCGGGGGCGGUGGUAGAAGUGGGAACGGUACCGGUUCCGCGAGUAGUAACAACGUGAGCAGUAAUAACCUGGGGAAUUCGGCUACGACGGGAAACAACGCGGCAGCGUCAUCCUUGUCGUCGUCGAGAAAGGACGAGCCAACGGAGAACGGUACCGAUACACCUGAGUCGAUUACACCCCGCGUCAAGAGAGAACCGGAACCAACGCCUAGCACCUCUGCCCAAGGCUCUGACGAGACGUUCGCGCGGCCGCACAGUAGGCAAGGGAGCGAAGGUUUCAAGCAAGAGUUCUCGGGCUGCACGAAGUCGGAAGGCGAGACGUGGAAAGAGAAGACAAGAAACGUCGGUUCAGGGAAUCAAACUAGUACAGAAACGUCCGGCUCGAAAUCGACUAGUACCAAUUCGUCGACGACCACAACGAGCUCGUCGACGACCGCGUCCAGUUCCGGUACAACCACCACCACCACAUCAACGAGAAGUUCCUCGGCAUCGCCUGCGACCGGCAGGAACAACGCGCAGAACAACGCCGGUAGUGGGGGUAGCAGCAGCAGCAGCAGCCCUGCACCGACGCUGAACUCGUCGACGAGCGGUCAGGUCGGGACAAUGUCCGCGCCACCGGGUCGUCAAGUACCGAAAAGACGGAUGAGACGUCGCGCCACCUCGCACUCGCAAGAUCCCGCGGAACAGCUUACCGAAAUGUCUGUCCGGGGUUUGAAUCUCUUUCGUUACGCCUCGAUAUCCGAGGGUGUUUAUCAGUGUACCGAGUGCGCGAAGCUCGACAUCCAGAAGACGUUCAAGAACAAGUACAGCUUCCAACGACACGCUUUCCUAUACCACGAGGGCCACCAGAGGAAGGUGUUCCCGUGCCCGGUCUGCGGCAAAGAGUUCUCAAGGCCGGACAAGAUGAAGAAUCACAUGAAAACGGUCCACGAUUGCUUCAUGCCGAAGGACUGCGUGAUGCCUUUCGGCUUUUUUCUCUCGCCUUAGCGGGCGUCGCGAGGGCGUGGUGGGAUGGUGAUCGGUCCGGCACGAAGAACCAUCAUCACGGCUAGGACGGAUGACGAGAAUGCCGGGCAAAGGGCACCGGAAACAGCCGCUGGCAGCGGUGUCCAAAGAAACGUUCGAGGUUCGAUCUCCUCGAGGCUCCAACCGAGGAUGUUGUCCGUGUUCAGGCGGGGCCGCGUUUGAUUAUAAAAAAAAAAAAAGCACACAUUUACCCGUCGUAUCACCCGUCGUCUUCUUCAGCGUCGGCCUAGUCUAGUCACCCCGCAGCGGCGGCGUGCUCGUAUUCUACUCCCUCUGUGUAUGCCGGACCAAUCGCCUAACCCCAUCUCACCCCCGCGUAAGUUCGACUAUGAUAAAUCUGGUAUUAUUAAAUGGCGCGAUAACGAUCGGAUUUAGUCGUUUUACCGAGCGGAUAUGUCGGGAGGAGGAGGAGGACGAUUGGAGGAGGACACCACGCGACCCGGAUCGGAUGCAAAAACACUUGUUGCAGCGGGACGACAUCGAGUGAUCGCGCGGAGAAGACACGAACAUAGGGGAGAAAUGAAAAAUUAUAUAUGUAUCUAUUCGUGACGACUCGACUAGUGAUCUGUGUACAUUUAGUAUUAUGUUAUGAUCCUUGAACUGUGCAAUAGCGCGCUGAUGCUUGUAGUCGAUCGAUGCGUCUACGCCUGUUGUCUCUCCUUCACUAGCGCCCCCGGUCCUUGUUCGUGCGAGUCCCUUCUCGGCGUGUACGGUGCGUUGCAUACGAAUGCCAGCGAUGCCGAAGCCUUUUUGGACAUUUUUAAAAGAGGGACACACUCGACGGCUACGUUUGCGUAUGUACACUUUCUUGUGAUUUAGGCUUCUUUUGUUUAAGGGUAGGUGUAGGGGUACAAGUCUCUAUUGCCUUUUGAUUUAAAAGAGACUGAGAACAGCCAAUCAUAGAACCUCUUGUUAUUGUUAUUAAAAAAUAUGGACACAAGGUAAUAUUUCUAUAUUCUUAACUAACGGAAACCUGAGUUUCACCUGAUUGUACGUUUGGCUGCAAUUUAGACUUCUCUUAGUUAAGAUAAAUAUAAGAAAAUCUUCCACUACUUGCCUUAUUGAAAUAUUCUAGAAACCAAUAUGAAACCCCUUGUUCUUGUAGAUGAAUAUAGAUCCCCUACAUUUUCCCUUGAUCAAAGGAAGCCUAAGUUGCACGUGACCGUACCGUGUGAUGUACGUAAACCAUUGUUUCACAAUGCUGAAUAUUCGUAACGUAUCGGGCCCGCGUAACCGGAAACAAAGCUUUUUUUUAAAUGAAGAAUAAAUCAUGGCAGUAUUUUACGCGGGCGUAGUCUGCAUUAAUUCCAAUUCUCUCGUUAUGUUUUAAGAGUCCAAAUUUAAUGAUAUCGGCGAACAAAUAUUUAAAGGGAUUGAUAUAUUACCUUGCGAAACCGACGAGCUUACUUCGUGCCUUUUCUUCGUUUUUCUUCUUUAAGAAUAAUUCUCGUCGAGGCUUGCGUAUGAAAUUGAUAUAUAUAUUUUUUUUUAAUGCAAAUACAGUGUAACGUAAGCAAUACGAUUAAUGGGACUGACAGUAUACUUCCGUUUCUCUAGAUCAUACCGUGAUAGCUUUAACAAAAAUAUACGUCUUCGAUGCUUUAACGCGAAUGAUUCUAUUUUCUUUUUGUUUCUUUUUUUCUGUUUUACAAAUUUUCGAUUUCAGCAAUUUAUAUGUGAAACGUUGGUUACGAAUGUUACGUUCUCUCUUCUUUUUACAGUCCCUUCUACAACUGCAUGAAACUCUGCAUAUUCUCAGACAAACCAGCUCUUAUUUUUCUUUUUUAAUUUACCUUUGUAAGAAGAUAUUUUUUUUAACUGAACGUACACGUUCAUUUGUACACACAUUUUCUUUAUUUUUACCAACGGCAUGAUAUAUAAAAGGGGGACGUUCGUUCGGAUUUCUUAAAAGUUGCAUGCAGAGUUUCUUAGUCAAGAUUGUUCUCUAUUUUUUCAUUUUUUCCUAAGCCUUCCAACACAGAUUCGAUUCCAAUGGUGCGUAGCGAAGUGCGUAUUAGUAAAAAGUGUAAAAAACAAAAAAAUGGAGGAAAGAAGACGGAAAUGUAUAUUUAUCACAGAGUUUAUAGAUUCGCUGCGAGCACAAAAGACUCGUAGAGUUUUGUUAGAUAGUCCCUAACUAGAGAGACAAAGAGAAAGAAAGAGAGAGAGAGAGAGAAAAGAAACGAAUUAAACUGCAUAGCAGCCUCGGUAUAUGUACAGGUUUUCUGGGAAAGUGUAUUAUAGUUAUUACCAAUUAUUAAUUAUUAUUACUAUUAUCAUUAUUGAUUUACCAUUACUCGCACUACUAUUAAUGCGGCAAACAAUAUUAUUUUUAUUAUCACCGUUACAGUUUAUUGCUAUUAAUAUUAUUAUAUAUAGAUAUAUAUAUAUAUAUAUUGUUUGAUAAGAAUUUAUUAACUUUUAGAUAAUGGACAAGCACCGAUAAAAUUGGUUAUUAUUGCUAGGUAUAUAAGUUAAUAAUGCACAGGCAAACGCAGACAAGUUAUAGAGAAAGUUUAUAUAUGUAUACAGACAUAGUAUAUAUUAUUAUAAAAAAAAAAAAGAAUGGCCCUUCAGUUAGUUCGGGUCUGGACCGUUUGUUUUUCUCUUUGAUUUAUUAUUAUUAUUAUAUUAUAUUAUUAUGUAUAUUAUACUAUUUUUCGUUCAUUCGUUCGUUUAAAAACCUGCAAAGAAAUCAAUUAUUUGAUAACAUUUAUUGUUAACAAGUUUCUUCUAUUUUUUUUUUCUUUUUUCGGUGUUGGGACACCGCGAUGUAGACAUAGUUUUUCUUUUUUUUUCAAGUCGAAUUUACACCGAAAUCACACAUAAUUCUCACACCGUUCGCACGGUUGUUUGUAAUGCAAGUUUUCCGAUUCGUUCGUGGGAAAAAUACGUGUUUUCACGUGUCUGCGACGUUGUUUCGCGAUACAAUGGGAAACAAUGGCGCAGUUACGUUGAAUCGUUUUUACAUAAGGCAACGAUAAACAGGUACAUCUCGUUCGGUCAUGAAUCUUUCGACAGCAUUUCUUAUUUUUCAUAUAAUUCUCGACGAAGUCGUAAUUUAGCAAUAAAAGAUUAAGCGGUUCGCGAGCAAUUAUUGGUAAACGUCGAGUUUUGAUAUUACACGGACUAACUGCAUAUUCCCUGGUUUAAAAAGCCCGUCUUGUUCUACGAAUUUACUAGGAAUAACGUUUAAUACUUCCACGUCGAGUCUCCGAAGCAACGAACUCUGUUCCAAUUCUCGUUUCUCCUUUUGUUUAACACGUUUGCCGAUAUUCAGAAAUUUUAUAAAAUUUUCAUUAGCAUCGUUUUCCUUAAAAAUGUUUAUAUUGGUAAAAAUUCUUUGAAGAGUAUUAAAAAGAAAAGAAAUAUCAAAUUGACAUGGAUACAAUUGGAUAAUUAAAGGGGGAAGUAAGUAAUUAUUUAAUAGUUAUUAAUAUUGGGUUAAUAAUUUAGUCAAUUCUAUGGGAAUCAAUAUAUUUACUGUGUUGGUAUAAAACGUGUUAAAUAUUAGUUUUGACGAGAACAUUCGAACGAAUACCGAACGGAAAACAGUAUUUUGGUCUUCCGAAUCGGUGUUGUACGCGUGAGAGGGUCGUGUGAAAAUGAGCGUGGAUGGAUUGCGUGUAUGUCAGAAUGAUGAUGGUUGUCAAAGAGCUAUUUAAAAAAGAAGAAUAUAUUAUAUAUACAUGUAUAUGUGAAGAGAGGUCUAUUACGCGAGAGGGAAUGUGCAUCUGCGUGUGAUUUGAGCCAGUUAAUAUUCAACACAUUGCUAAUUAGUAGAAAUUCAUUUAUAAUUGGUAAUUAACACAUCUUCAUUUAGUAGAGAUAUUUUUUAAAAAGGGAAUUUUUAUUUUAUUGUUAUUUAUCCCAUUUCUAUAAUUACUAGUUUGUAAUUUUCUAAUUUGGAAUUUAGAAAAUUAAAUUUAAAUCAUCGCUAUUUCAAUACAGAAAAUUCGUGUUGGCAAUGUGUUCGAUAAAAGCAAAUCGCAUGAUGACCGAAAAAGGUAGAAAAUGUUAGCUGAACCUCAGACUAUUCUCGCACAAUCCUUUCUCUUGCGUCCAACUAAUCAUUGUUAUUGUCGUAGAGAGCGUAACUUUUACUUUGAUAUUAAUAUUAAUACGAACACACGCACACAAACACGCAUAUCCGUUGGAAUUGUACGAUCGCUAUUAAAUUGUGCAAGAUAUUUCUGGCAAAAUUUGAAGGAUCCUUCGUAGGAAAAAAAAAAUCUUGCUUUAAGUUCUGCUUGAUCGCAGCCAUAGAUCUCUAGAUUCGUGAUUGGUGAUCGAUAAAUAUGUGAUCGAUAACGCGUGUAUGCGAUUCGUUACAACAGAGAGAAAAUUUAUAUAUACAUUUUAGAAAAGAUAGAGUUGCAUCGUUCGAAUGGCACGACACACUGACGAAUCUUCAAAAAAUCUCUAAAAAAAAUGAAAAAAAAAAAAUAAAAAAAAUACAAAUUCCUAAUUUUAAUGACGUGUGCAAAAAAAAAGCAAUUAAAAAAAGAAACACGAUCGUGUUACACUCUUCUUUUCUUCACUUUCCAUGCAUUGCGACAACAUUACCUUACUUCUUACGUUUUAGUUUUAUACUGCUAUUCUAAUAGUUCUAGAUAUUCUAUAUUAAUAUUAUAUUACUACUAUUGCUAAUUGUCAAUCGUCGAGUAGCGUUUAUUAUUUUAUUUCUUAAUUUUUAAUGUAACACGUCGGGUAUAACUUAGUUAGCGCGGUAAGAUGCGUUAGGCUUUAAUGAAACAAAAAAAAAAAAAUGAUAAAAGGAAACCACGGUAACACGUUAGAAGAGGGACGGGGUGAUGCAAAAGUGAAAAAACCCCGUAGAGAUGAAAAAAAUGAUAACACGGUUAUUGUAUUCAUAAUACAGAUUAUAUUUUAUUUGAGCGUUAAAUGCUAUACAGCUUGCGACAUAAUGCGCUGCCUUCACUUUAUAUGUUUCCCCACUUUUAUUCGUUGGUAGAACGCAAGAUAUAUAUGUAUGUAUGUGUAUCACUAGGUUUUUCUGGCGAACAGAUUUAUAAUUUAUAAAUAUUGAUGGUUGAAAUUGCAGAUUUUAUUCGAGUUAAGCUGCGACUAUGCUACACACUCAAAUAAUUCUCUCACGCGGAAUAUUUAUACUUGAUGUCACGAGAGUCCAUUUUCGUUCCUUUCUCCGCAUUGUCGCUCUGAUUGGCGAUACUUCCAGCGGAAGUGGAAAGCGAUUGGCGGAUCGCUUUCCCCCACCAUCGCUGCGUUCCCCUACCAUCUUCCAACCUGCGCGCUUAGUUAUGGACUCUCGUGACAUCAAGCAUCCAAUAAACAGGAAGAAAAAUUAUUCAAAAUUAACUUGGAAAUUAGUAAUAAGUGCUACGAGUACGUUCGCAAAAUUGCAAAUUAAAAAAAUUAAAAUAAACUAAAGAUAGCAAUAAAAUUUGUAUAGUGUAGAUGCAGCAUUAACGCUAUAAAUGUAUGUACAUAAGUAGAUAUUCUCAACAAUCCGUAAAAAGAAUUGAGAAACAAUGAAAUGCUAUCUAUCGCCAGAAUAUCCAUAGAGACCAUAAGAUUUCUCUGCGAAUGAAAUUCGCGGCGUUACACACGUUUAAACCCGCGAGUACAUUGCCAAGGAUUCGAUAAAAUAUUUAUAACAAAUGUGUAUCCAUAAUUGUUCAAUUUAGCUGUUUCUUUUUUCAAACUAAAACAUGAAUUGCUGUUCCUUUGUGAUCGAGAAAAAGAACGGUAUAAGAAGAUUAAUCGCUUGGAAAUGUACUCGUUCGCACAGUAGACUUCUGAUAUGAAUUAAAAGAUGUUCUACGUUAGUGAUCGUGUCCACCUCUGUAUUAUUCUUACUUACACUAAUUUAAAGGAAAAGAAAUAACGCUGUGAUCCAGCGAUGAUGAUGCAAGCGUGUUUUAGCCAAUUUUUACGGUUAUAUAUGUUUAUUAAUUAGCAAUAUACACCGCAUAUACAUACAUAUAAUAUAUUACAUAUAAUAUAUAGGAUACGAGUACUGGCACUUUUAUUUGCACUGAAACAUCAUGGAAGCAUCGCACAGCACACUAUUUGUUUCGAUAGAAGAAAGAAGCGGUACACGAAGGCAACAUUCUUGAAGAACGUUAACAGGAUACAAUGUUGAAUAGGUAUUUGCAAUAGGGACGAUAAUUGCGUGAACUAUUAGGAGAUAUAAAACGUUGCGGAAGGGAAAAAAAAA